GACGAUACUUAUUAAGAGAAUGAUCAAUUUUAGUAUUCAAAUAUGUUUGCUACUCAUCUUAUGCAAUGUUUACAGCAAUGAAAAAUUUCCAAAAUUAAUCAAUAUAGCCGAUUUUUCAUGGAAUUCUACUUGCUCUGCUGAUCAUUUCAGACCAACAAUUGUAGGAUUUACCUUUGAACCUGAUCAUCUUAUGUAUCCUCAUUGGAUAAACAUGUUUUCAUGGUUAAACUAUUGCAGAAAUGAUUGCGAUACUGCAAAAGUUACAAUAACAUUUCAGAGAUUUUAUAAUAUUUCUGAUUAUUGUUUAUCUCAAGCUUUUAUGUCCUCUGAACAAAAAACUGCAAGUAUUAAAGUUACUUUCAAUACAAAUAAGCAUUCAAUAUUGAAACUUGAAGAAUUUAAAAAAAAUAUUGAAUGCUUUCUACCACAAAAUAAUUAUGGUUUAAAUGUUGAAAAAAUGAGUUUCAUACCAGGGAAAUCGACACAAAAUGUAAAUGCUGGUUUUAGUUCAAUUAUGAUUUUUGCUUAUGAAGAUGUUGCAGAAGGUAUAGAUGAUAGCGAAUUUUAUACAGAUAUUGCGGCAGCUAAUAAUGGAGCAACUUGUUCUGUAAAAUCUGUCUUUAGUGUAUACAAAUGUAUAUAUGCAUUAGACUUUGUCAGUGGCGCUUUUUCUAACUCUAAUGAAUGGUCUAGUCAAUGUCAUAUCAAUAACAAUAACUGUGCAGGGCAAUACUUUAAAGUUACUUUUACUAUCUUUGACGUACCAGUUAUUUAUUGUUUUGCCAAUAGGCAAACUACUCACAAAAAUAUUAAAAAGCUAAAGUUAAAAUGGAGUUCUGGUGUUGAGGAAUUCGCUUCUUUGAAAAAUAAUAAAUUUCAAAAAUGUUUCAAGUAUACAAACAUGUUUAUUGAAACUGAUUUAUACGUUGAAGUUGUUGAAAUAUAUACAAUUCAAAAUGUUGGGCUUAGUAUUCUUCAAGUGUUUGUCAAAGGUCCACCAUUUAAGGAUUAUGUUCUUCAAGGUACUCAACUCCAUCAAUACACCAUUCCACCUUAUAUUCAAAACAAUUUCAAGGCAAUCGCCUUUAGUCUAUUUGGACAUCGAAGCUCUGAAGACAAUAAUUGUGGAGAUAUUCUUUUAGUCUUUUCUCAUAAUGAUCGCACGACUUUUGAAGUUUUCUUAUCAAAUUUAAAUCAGAGCUAUAUUCUGACUUUUUCCCAAGAAGGUGACGUUUAUGAGAAGGACGCAAUUCGAGAAUAUAUCACGUGUGACGAGUGGAAUGAUUUCUGGAUAACUGCUACAAAUGAUGCUAUCAGAUUGGGUAGAGGAUUGAUGUAUAACAAAGAAACACUUAUAACUACUCAUCAACCGUCCCAAAUCAAUGGUUUAUCAAAGAAAAUUGAGCUGAGGAACGUUAUUUCACACCACAAUCACACAUUGAAAAUCAAUGAUCUAGAAGGGAAAAUGAUCUUAUUGCAUGAGAAAAGUUUAAAAUGUUCCAAAGAGUCGGACCCUUACCUGCAAGACAAUUUAUAUUCUACUUGUAAAAUAUUGUCAUCUACACCAACUAUUAUUGAAAAUUACAGAUUCAGUAAAUUGACAUUUAGUGGUGAAAAAAUCAAUCCAGAAAUUACUUUACAUUUUCACAAACAAUCCAAACAUUUAUUGAAUGUUGAUGUAUUCUACAAAGAAUUUGACAAUGACCUUGAACUUAGAGGUCCUUGUCAAGAGAACAUGAUAUUGCUAAGCAACAAUUUCUAUCAAAGAUAUAUAUUCUCUUGCAAUGUUAAGGAAAAUUCUACGAUUUCUACAUUGUAUUAUAGAGUUUCAUUCAAUAAUUCAUUAAUUAAUAAUGUAAAAGUUUGUCAUGUAUAUCCUUAGCAAUAAAAAAUAUGAAAAAGUAUCUAUGGACGCGUAUGUCAGCUAUUGAAAUUAGAUGAUUCAGAUUCACAUGAUUAAUGGUCAGUUCAUAGUCAGAUUUUUGACUUAUGGCAGCAAAUGUGAAGCGACAUCAAUAUCAGCAUCAGAGAUACUGGAAACUUUGAAAUUACAACGCAGUUAAUUUAAUUAAUUACGAAAGAUCUUUGGAUAUUUUCUUUUAAUUCAUUUUUCUCACAGAUUUAGGUUUUCUAGUUAUUUGUUUUUGUAUUGCACGUAUCCCAUUUCAUAAAUAAAAAUUACAUCCAUAUUUUAUCAAAUUUCCCUUUGAAAUGUGAAUCUUUCACUGAUUUCACGACUUUCCCAAACUACAGUUGACAAAGAGAAAUAUAGAUUGCAGUGUCCACAGAGAUGAUAUUAUUUAUUUAUAGGAAAAUCUACUUAACUGAAUAGAGCAGGAAACCACAAAAUAUUCUGUAAAGCAAUAGAUUAUUAUGAAAUUAAAGAGUUGCUU